GGGCUGCCCAACGGUCGGAAACACGGAUUUCUUUAACCGUCCACCCCCGGCCGGUGGCUGCAGCAAUUUCGUACGUUGUCGUCUUCCCUCGUGCAACGUGUGUCUCCGGGCACCGCGAUCGCGACAGCCAAGUGCGUCCCCUCUCCUUCAUGGCUGACCUAUGCCGCAGGCUGCCUUUGUUGCUGCUUGCCGCUGUACUGCUGCUUGUCGUUGUCGUCUUUCAUAUCUGCAUCCUCGGUCGCGUCCCUGGGAGGAAACAUAGGCGCCGAACGACGAAGGCGACCGGGAAGAUGGAGAAGGUGCAGACGAAGAGGACGAUAUCCGUAGGGGCUGGCGGGUCAUCACGUCAGCAUUGCAGCUCUGCGGAAGGCGGCAGGCGCCCGUACGACCCGACGCUGUACAGCCACCUACCGUCCCACGAGAUUCCAUUGCCUCCGAGUGACGACGACAGCGACGAGCCCCGAUCAUCAACGGUUCCUCUGGGCAGCGGUUCGACGCAGGAUUGGAUGGGGAGCCAGCUGUACAGACAGCCCUCGACGCCGACGUACACUGAUCUGCUGGAGGGGCGGACCCCGGUUGGUUAUGACGGAGGGCUCGUAGAUCUCAGCUUCGGUUUGAGGUCUGGGAGUGGCCAGGACGUCAUGCACACCGUUCUCGUGAACCCGGGUUCUGCCAGCAACCACACAGCGCCUUCGGUGGGGCUGUGUGGGCUUCUUGACACCCGCGGCCGGGGUUCUGGUCAGUCGGGCGAUGAGCGUGGACUCGUUUCGCAAGGGCGGACGGCAGUGGGCACAGCAGGUGUUCGCGCGGAGGGGACGAGGACAGGUGGAUCGACAACGGCAGGCGGCGCAGUCCACCGAGGAGGGGAUGACGCUGACGGCUACGCAGCGGAGGUCGCGGGGCGAGAGGUUUGGGAUGAUUACCGGCGACAAUCGCGACAAUCUAGCACGCUUGCCAUAACGAGAGGGGUGGCGAAGAUCAAUGUACGGGCGGACGACACACCCGACGAUUGCCACCGUGCGGGUGGUGAAGAUUUGUCGGAAGGCGACGGGGGCAACGACAACGACGACGACGACGACGGGGAGAUGGAGAUUUGUCCGCUGGGGAAGAAACGGGGAGGGCCGAGGGCGACGAGCAAGUCCAGCGAGCCGCGUGCGGGGCGGAGAGGCAAGAAGACUGCGGGAGAUGCAUUGGCAGGCGACGGAGCGAAAAGCAGGGAUUUUUGGACCGUGGAACACAUGAUUGCUCUUGUCAGAGCUAAAAGAGACCAGGAUUUGCAUCUUGCUGGCCUCGGCCACAACAUGGGAAGGAUGAAGACGAAGACAUGGAAGUGGGCUGACAUUGAGAGCAGGCUCGUGCAGAUGGGGGUGACGACUAGAAAGGCCGAUGACUGCGAGAAAAAAUGGGACAACCUGUACAUGCAGUUCAAAAUUGUGCACAAGUUCAUGGGAGAAUCGGGGAAGCCUGAUUUCUUCUCACUGGCGCCGCGAGAGAGAAAGGAGCGGGGGUUCGAUUUUCGGAUGGACGAGCGUGUGUAUUCGGAGAUGAUGGCCAUGUCCAAGGGCGAUCACACUAUACACCCCAUGAAUUUGGCGGACACGGGUGUGGCGGGAGGUGUUCAACUGGCAGGCCGGACUGGAGGUCGGAACGAAUCAGGCGGUAGUGACGGAUGCGGGGAUGGGCAGGACGACGAUCAAGGAUCGACGCGGAAUUCAAGUUUCAGCGGCGGUGCUGUGGGCGGGUGCGGCAAAAGGAAGAAUGUGAGACAACAGACCUUCAACACGAUUGCGGACGUCAUGAAGCACCACGAGAGUCUGAUGGCGACGACGGUGGACAGCGCGAGCGAGAGACUUCCAGCCAGAAGAAGUGGUGAUGGUGGACGCGCAAGGUACUUCAGCGGCGCCGCGAUUGGGUUUCGGGCGAGAUGGGUUGACGAGGGAACAGGUGUCCGCUGUGAAACAGAGCAUUGCUGUUGGUGCUGCCGGGGCGUAGCAAAGGACCUCGAAGGCGGCAGCGGUUGUCAUAACGGAGGUGCGCGUCCCGAGGCAACUUCCCGCGGCGACGGGGAAGGUCCAGCCACGUCAGCCACUUCCACUGCAACAGUUGGAGGCUUCGGGGGGGGGAAAGCACAGCCCGCGCAAAAGGGCGAUGCAACGGCGAUCGGCACUCGGACGGCGGCGGCGGAUCGCAGUGGUAGAACCAGAGUUGCCGAAGGUGCGGGCGAGGAGAGGGUAGACGACGUCCGCAACGACGUCCGCCACGACGAGGGAAGAAGAGACGGAAAGCGGGAGGGCGACGACGACGACGACCGUCCACUUGUAACGAGGUUGAAGGGAGACGCAAAGGAGGAUGGUCUGGAGGAAAGAUCGAAGUUGUGGGUUGAUUGCGACUCUUUCUGGGGUCAGGGACCAGGGAAACCCUUGAGGGAGGCGGUUGGCGAGUGCGCGGACUACUUCAUCGCAAUCGCCAACGGAGACGCGGGAGCUGAACCGCCUGCGAUGCUCAUACUGCCGCCGAACGACGUGCCGCGCUUCAAGAUCGACAACCCUGCUCAGCGUGGACCGGCUCUGCGCAGAGCGCGCAACGUCGAGAAACUGGUGCUGCGCGUCAUCCACGGCUAGAUCUUCAAAUCGUCGUCGCAGUCGGCUGGAUUCGCUCGUCCAGAGUCGUACAUCACUGUCGACAUUGCCACAAAC